GGGCGCUGGGAAGAGUUUAGCAUAAGGAUUUCUUUUAAAGCCCAAUAAUGACAGUUGCUACUGGAGAUCCUGCAGAUGAAGCUGCAGCUCUUCCCGGUCACCCGCAGGACACGUACAACCCUGAGACCGACCAUGAGUGCUGUGAGAGGGUGGUCAUUAACAUCUCGGGGCUGCGCUUCGAGACGCAGCUCAAGACACUUGCCCAGUUUCCAGAGACCUUGCUAGGGGAUCCUAAAAAGAGGAUGAGAUAUUUCGACCCUCUCCGGAACGAGUAUUUCUUUGACCGGAACAGACCCAGCUUCGAUGCCAUUUUGUACUAUUACCAGUCCGGGGGCAGGUUGCGGCGGCCGGUUAACGUGCCCUUGGACAUCUUCUCCGAAGAGAUCCGCUUCUAUGAACUGGGGGAAGAGGCCAUGGAGAUGUUCCGGGAGGAUGAAGGCUACAUCAAGGAAGAGGAGAGGCCGCUGCCUGAGAACGAGUUUCAGAGACAAGUGUGGUUGCUCUUUGAGUACCCCGAGAGCUCAGGCCCUGCCAGGAUUAUAGCUAUUGUCUCUGUCAUGGUGAUUUUAAUCUCCAUCGUCAGCUUUUGCCUGGAAACGUUGCCCAUUUUUCGGGAUGAGAAUGAAGACAUGCACGGUAGCGGGCUGAGCCAUCCCCCCUACUCCAACAGCAGCAUGGGGUACCAGCAGUCCACUUCUUUCACAGACCCCUUCUUCAUCGUGGAGACACUUUGCAUCAUCUGGUUCUCCUUCGAGUUCUUGGUGAGGUUUUUCGCCUGCCCCAGCAAGGCUGGUUUUUUUACCAACAUCAUGAACAUUAUAGACAUUGUAGCCAUCAUUCCCUAUUUCAUCACCUUAGGGACAGAGCUGGCUGAGAAGCCAGAGGAUGGUCAGCAGGGCCAGCAAGCCAUGUCCUUGGCCAUCCUCAGAGUCAUCCGCUUGGUGCGGGUCUUCAGGAUCUUCAAGCUCUCCCGGCACUCCAAGGGGCUGCAGAUCCUGGGACAGACUCUCAAGGCCAGCAUGCGGGAGCUGGGCCUCUUGAUAUUUUUCCUCUUCAUCGGCGUCAUCCUCUUCUCCAGCGCCGUCUACUUUGCCGAGGCCGACGAGAGCGAGUCCCAGUUCCCGAGCAUCCCCGAUGCCUUCUGGUGGGCUGUGGUUUCCAUGACGACUGUUGGCUACGGAGACAUGGUCCCCACCACCAUCGGGGGGAAAAUAGUGGGUUCCUUGUGUGCCAUCGCUGGCGUAUUAACGAUUGCCUUACCAGUGCCCGUCAUAGUGUCUAACUUCAAUUACUUCUACCACCGGGAGACCGAGGGAGAGGAGCAGGCUCAAUAUUUGCAAGUAACCAGCUGCCCAAAGAUCCCCUCUUCCCCUGACCUAAAGAAAAGCAGAAGUGCCUCUACUAUUAGUAAGUCUGAUUAUAUGGAGAUCCAGGAAGGUGUAAACAAUAGCAAUGAGGAUUUUAGGGAGGAGAACUUGAAGACAGCCAAUUGCACCCUAGCUAACACAAACUAUGUGAAUAUCACCAAAAUGCUAACUGAUGUCUAGUCGCUAAAAUCUAGUCCCGUAUUUAAAGCUGAAGUGGAACAAUUGCAGAUAUUGAGUGCUGCUCUGCAUUGUAGUUAAUACAGUAUUUUCUACGGUGUAUAUUUGGUUCUGCAUGGGAAGCAAUAGCUGUGUAAGUGACUUUUAACCUUUGAUUUCUGCACCGAAUAAGCGUCCGUGCAAAAAAAACCAACAAACCCAAACCAUUUUGUUGCACUUCUCCCAUCCCAGGCUCGUGGGUUUCCAAAGAUACGGAGGGGACGGGCACUUCCAGCAGCGGGAUGGGGAUGGAAGGGGCAGGUCCGGGUCAUCCCGGCUGCCACAAAUCCUGGUCCCUGUCCUGGGUGACAGCCAGCUCCCAGGCACAGGGAACAGCUGGGAAAGGUCAGGCAGGGCUUCCUGGAGGGCGGCUGCAGGCGUGGGGCCGGGCUGCUGGAGGGCUCGGCUCCUGCCCCGGGAAAGGCGAGCGCGAACGCGGCGCCCGGCUCGUGUUUCAUAACUGAAAAUGCUGCAUGCUGCAAUAGUUUCAGCCACUGCAGUGUGC